AUGUUUACAUAUUUCCAGUCAGCAGCUGGAGCAUUACUGCUUCAUGCUGCUACUUCGACGUUUUUAUAUGGAAAUGGCCGGGUCAUGGGAUGCUCGUCUAUUCUAUAUAACAGUGCAGCAAACCCCAGUGUGUUUAAUGUUCCAGUGAUAGCUGGUAUAGCAUUGGCUACCUAUGCUGUAAAGGCGUUUGCACCUCAGUAUGUUCCUGAUUAUAGUGUCGUUAAUGAAUUGGCACCUUUUGGCCAGUAUACAACGCUCAUUGCAGGACUUUUCACUGGUAUCGGUACUAAAUGGGGUUCUGGAUGUACAUCAGGCCAUAUGCUAUGUGGACUAUCCAGAUUAUCAAUCAGAUCUCUAGUGGCCACUGCUACCUUUUCUUCAGUGGCUGCUUUAACUUCUUGGUAUUUGCAGACAGCCCCAGCUGGAUGUGGACAAGCUGGAACUAUUGCUUGUCAUACAUUGUCUCAUCCUUCAACUCAAGAAGUUUACACAGUAAUCCCUCUUGUUUUAUUCGAGAUCUUGUUAUCUUGGGGUAUUCGUAAUCAUCUCGAGGUUAAUAAAUACUCGCAAACUUUAGUUUCAGUAUUCUCGGGAACCUUAUUUGGACUUGGGUUAUUAAUCUCGGGAUUGGCUUCACCAUCUAAAACCUUGGGCUUUUUAGCUCUCGUACCACCCAAGUUCGAUCCGUCCCUUACCAUGGUGAUAUUUUUCGGAAUCGUGCCAAAUUUGGUGGAGAAUUUGAUUAGAAAAUACAAACUACCCGCAGGAGCCGCUGUCUCGAAAAUGAAUCUGCCUACUGCCACUGCUAUACCUCCUAAAUUCGUGCUAGGAGCAGCCUUGUUCGGCAUUGGCUGGGGUCUAUCGGGUAUCUGUCCUGGUCCUGGAAUUAUUGCGUCAUUUUUAAAUGGUAGCCAAGGUUUGCUUUGGCUUGCAGGCUUUUUCGUUGCCUAUAGCCUUGCACCAUGA